AUGCCUUCCCCCAGGGACCCCACUUGCGAUGAAGCAACAAGCCUGCUUCAAGAAUCAGACGUCUCAGCUCAGUCAAAUGUAGUCCAAGAAUCUGUUUAUCCCCGUUGGAUUAUUACAGUCGUGCUAUUAUGCGGCGGCGCGGUUCUUUUCGACCUUUCUAACAAUCUGGGUGAAGUCGCCGAGGUUGCUCUCUUGGAAGACAUGGUAUGCCGAGAUUAUUAUGCUAAGCAUGUUGUAAAUGCUGUUACUUCUGCAGCAGAAAGAUGCAAGAUAGAGCCUAUUCAGACGGAGAUUGCAUUGCUCAACGGCUGGAGAGAAACGUUCGAGACUAUUCCUGGUGAGUUCAUUUUGGAAAAGCGGGGUGUUUUGCGAUUCUCUUCUCAAGACAGCGAAACUGAAUUUUGGAAUAGCCAUACUUCUGGCGGUGCCGCAUGUGCUAGAACGACCGUUUUCUCCCAAAUGACAGCGGUAAUCUUGGCUACGGAGCUGAUUGCACCCCCAGUUGGGGCAGCGCUAAUGAAAAAAAAUCCUUGGGCACCGUUCCUCGCGUCCUCUGUGAUUGCUAUAUUUUCAGUUCUUUGGGGAGUGUUGUUUUUUCCUGCUAUCUAUAACCAGGCCAAGCCAGCUUCAACCUCAGGCCACGAGCAGCCGCCGGUUCGUGCCUGGUAUGCCUCGGAAGGAAUCCAAGAGCUCUAUGAGCAGCUCUCGCAAAAUAAAAAUGCCGCACUUGUUGUCGUCUCCUUCUUUGUCACACUUGUAGGAACACACGCCUUUGCGCUUCUAUUGCAGUAUAUCUCGAAGAGGUUCCACACAUCAUAUGCCGAGGCAUCAUACGUGUUGCCCCUUCGGGCUAGUUUUAACCUGAUAUCUCUAUUUAUUCUACUUCCUGCCGUGACGGGCUAUCUGGAUCGCAAGCAUGGGUGGGAGAUGGGUAUAAGAGACAAAGUACUUACCCAGGCCAAUGCACUGUUGAUGCUUCUGGGUUGCCUAUUUAUUUUUGUGGCACCAAAUCUGAUCUUGCUCAGUCUUGGAGUUGUGGUGUUCGGAUUAGGAUCGUCGUUUUCUGUCACGGCAAGAACAUUAGUGACUUCGCUCGUUGAGCCAACAUCAUUGGGCACAAUUUACACACUUCUCAGUGUGAUGAGCUCAAUUGGAUCGCUAGUAGCAGGGCCUCUACUGGCAGGGGUGUAUCAUCUGGGGAUGGUACUCGGUGACACAUGGCUUGGUCUUCCUUUUUUAUUCGCAGCUGCAUUGUAUGGACUUGCACUGAUCGCUAUAUCUGCUGUUGGGGCUACUGCAAGGACUGCAUGA